AUGGAUGCGAAGGACCAACUGGGAGGUUCUGUUGGUGAUCAGAAUGGGGAUAUGGAUCGGUUUCCGGAUGGUAUGCGUGUCCUGGCGGUUGAUGACGACCUAACUUAUCUCAAAUUCUUGGAGGCUACGCUGCGUAAAUGCAAUUAUGAGGUAACUACCGCUAAUCAUGCAUACGAGGCACUCCAAAUUUUGAGGGAAAACAGAAACAAGUUUGACCUGGUAAUCAGUGAUGUACAGAUGCCAGAUAUGGAUGGCUUUCAGCUCCUAAAGCUCUUAGGGCACGAAAUGGACCUACCUGUAAUCAUGGUGUCAGGCAAUGGUGAUACUGAGCUUAUGAAGAAGGGAAUCUCCCAUGGUGCUUGUUGCUAUUUGGUGAAACCUGUUAACAUUGAAGUGUUCAAGACUAUUUGGCAACAUGUCUUCCGGAGAAAAAAGUUGAACUCUAAGGAUCAAUGUAAGUCUUGUGAUCAAGACAAGGUCUGCAAAGGAACAGGAGAAGGUGAAGAAGGGAUGUCAGCAGCAAGUAGUUCAGAUAAGAAUGGAAAACACAAAAGAAAAAGGAAGCACCAAAAUGAAGAUGAUGAAGAAGGCGAAGAUGAUGAAGAUGAGAAUGAGGAACCAUCAACCCAGAAGAAGCGUCGGAUAGUUUGGUCCGAAGAGCUGCAUAAAAAGUUUCUUGACGUUUUCUAUUAUCUGGGACCGGAAAAGGCUGUACCAAAGAAAAUUCUUGAGCUGAUGAAUGUUGAAGAUCUCUCAAGGGGUAAUGUGGCCAGCCAUCUGCAGAAGUUUAGGGAACAACUUAAAAAAGGCGGCAGUAAGAAGGAAAAGCAGAGAGCUAGCAUGGUUGUUGAUCUGGGGAGAAAAGAUUCUUCUUACAUGCUGCACACGGGUCCAGUUGAUGAAUCUGGAGGGAGGCUCUCAAAUCCUGCUCCCUUAUCCUCAUACAUACCUCCGCAGAUGCUUUCGAGAUCAAACUCCCCCACUGAUUUUAACAUGCCAAGAAUUAAUCCUUCUUCUCAUCUGCUGCGACUUGGUCAGUCCCAAAAUUUGUGCAACUCUAUCAAUAAUGUAGCAAACCUCCAGCCAAGUGUGCUUACAAACCAAAGCCGAAACCUUUUUCAAGUAUCUCAGGCACCAGUAGAGCAAAAUCAAUUGCAGCAGAAAAAUUCUACCAUUGACAUCCGACAGUCCACUCCCAAUAAUAAUGGUUCCACAAGUACUUUUCCAUAUAAAGGAUUGCCUGGCAGCUCAGUCGGUUAUGAUUGUAAUACUUCAAUGUUACAAGGCAAUCCACAGCAAAAACAUGGGACGCUAGAGUUUGGAAAUCAGUCUUCUCUUAGAGUGAAUUCAUUGAAUCCCAAAUCAUUUGACAAUGCCCUUUGUAGAUCGUCCAAUUUUCUGGAUUUUCUGGAUAACGAUGGAUAUGGUGAAAGUUGGCAGGGUGGUAUGCAGGGUUGUGGUCAAUUAUACCAAUUUCCAUCAACUGCUUUGCUGAGGAGUGAGGCUUCCAAUUUUGGUCAAUUUCCUGCUAAUAACUUGGGUGUUUCUUCAAGUACACCUCAGAUCGGGAACACUCCAAAUGACUUCUCUUCUGUAAGUGCACUGUCAACUUCUGUGGAGGAACCAAGAGAAAACAUACAUAUAAAAAACCAAGGCCAUGUUGUACCAACCAUGUAUUGCACGCCAAAUCAAUGGUGGGAAGAUCAUAAGCAAGAUUACAACCACAACUGGAACCUUUCUUCCAUCGUUUCUAGCAAUGGUGUUGUAGAUCCACUAAGCCGGACCUUGGACCAAAAUGAUGCAGUUUGCAGUAGAAGCAUAAAUUCAUCUUUGUUUGACCAGUUUAAUGGGGGAAAUAGAACUAUCGUACAGCGCCUUGAGGUUGAGAAUUCGACCAUGCAUACAAAGAUUGAUCCUAAUGAGGAUUACAUAUUAUUAGAGCAAGCAAAGUCCAAUGAUGGCUUGGUUCAAAAUAGUCUUGGAUCACUGGAUAACCAGGUUGAAUUGGAGAAUGAGUUUGAUUUACUGGACGGAGAGUUUGGAUUUGAUGCAAUACAGGAACAAAAGAAGAAUGACGAGUAUGAUUUACUGGAUGGAGGGUUUCGAUUUGAAGCUUAG